GGCGUUUGAGUGCCUCCACAGCAAGAACUGUCGGACCUCGCUGCCAUGUUCCCGGAGCCUCCAACCCCGGGGCCUCCAGCGUCCGACACGCCGCCGGACUCCAGCCGCAUCAGCCACAGCUCAGUGCCCCCCUGGGCCCUGGCCACCAUUGUGUUGGUCUCAGUCCUCCUCGUCUGCAGCUGCUGUGUCUGUCUCUACCGGAAGCGCUGUCCGAAGCGGAUGGGCAAGAAGAGCCAGGCCCAAGCCCAACUCCACUUUCAGGAAGUGAAGGAGUUGGGCCAGAGUUACAUAGACAAGGUGCAGCCAGAAGUGGAGGAGCUAGAACCAGCACCAACCGGGCUGGGGCAGCAGGUGGCAGAGAAGCAUGAGCUAGGCCGACUGCAGUACUCACUUGAUUACGACUUCCAGAGUGGCCAGCUGCUGGUGGGCAUCCUACAAGCUGAGAGAUUAGCAGCCUUGGACCUGGGUGGCUCCUCAGACCCCUACGUGAGGGUCUACCUGCUGCCAGACAAGCGGAGGCGGCAUGAAACCAAAGUUCAUCGGCAGACGCUGAACCCACACUUUGGGGAGACCUUUGCCUUCAAGGUCCCCUAUGUGGAGCUUGGGGGCAGGGUGCUGGUAAUGUCAGUGUACGACUUCGACCGCUUCUCCCGCAAUGAUGCCAUCGGGGAGGUGCGGGUCCCCAUGAGCUCCGUGGACCUGGGGCGGCCAGUGCAGGCCUGGCGCGAGCUGCAGGCGGCUCCGCGGGAGGAGCAAGAGAAACUAGGAGACAUCUGCUUCUCCCUCCGCUAUGUCCCUACGGCCGGGAAGCUCACGGUCAUUGUCCUGGAGGCCAAAAACCUGAAGAAGAUGGAUGUAGGAGGACUGUCAGACCCGUAUGUCAAGGUCCACCUGCUGCAGGGUGGCAAAAAGGUGCGGAAGAAAAAAACUACCAUCAAGAAGAACACACUGAACCCCUAUUACAAUGAGGCUUUCAGUUUCGAGGUGCCCUGUGACCAAGUCCAGAAGGUCCAAGUGGAGCUAACUGUGCUGGACUAUGACAAGCUGGGAAAAAACGAGGCCAUCGGGAGGGUGGCCGUAGGUGCGGCAGCAGGUGGGGCUGGCCUGAGGCACUGGGCAGACAUGCUGGCCAACCCGCGUCGGCCCAUUGCCCAGUGGCACUCACUGUGGCCCCCUGACCGAGUGAGGCUGCUGCCUGCACCCUGA